AUGAAUAACGUUCUGAUCAAACGAUACAUCACAAGGUCGUCCGCUUCAUAUCUUCCGAGACUGAGUCGAGCCUCUGUGCAAACGAAGGCUGAGCCCCCGAACAAGGCAGAAGAUGCGCUAAACGUCGGUGCCUCAUUCCCGGAUGAUUUCGAAGAUUCUCCUUUGAAGUCGGAGAUCCUUAAGCGCAGAAACAAAAAUCCAGGUGUGGAGGAGUCGUAUCAUCCAACUAUGGAAGACAUAUACGACAGUGUUCGAGGGAAGAAUCCCGCUGAUAGGAAGCAGCCAGCCAAGCCUGCUCCCAAAGACCCAGAGCGGGAACCCGAACUGGAUGAAAUGUGA